AUGGGCAUUUCAUGUGAAGUUAAAAAAAGUAUAAAUGGUGAACAUAAUGAUUCUCAAUCUUUAGGCAAUAAGAAAUACAGGAAGGAUAAGCCUUGGGACACCGAAGGGAUUGAUCACUGGAAAAUCACGCCAUGGACAGAAGAAGAUAGUAAAUAUCCUUUGCUUGAAGAAUCUUCGUUUGCAACUUUAUUUCCAAAAUACAGAGAAAAAUAUUUAAGAGAAGUAUGGCCUGCUGUUACUGCGGCGCUGAAACCAUACGGUAUAUUAUGUGAGCUUGACUUGGUGGAAGGGAGCAUGACAGUUAGAACAAGUAGGAAAACUUUUGACCCUUUUAUCAUUCUUAAAGCCAGAGACCUUAUAAAGUUAUUAGCUCGUUCCGUCCCUUUCCAAAAUGCUGUGAAAAUUUUAAAUGAUGAUUACGCUUGUGAUAUAAUUAAGAUUGGUAAUAUUGUGGGAAACAAAGAAAGAUUUGUUAAACGACGGCAGCGUCUCCUCGGUCCAUCAGGCUCUACUUUAAAGGCCAUUGAACUGCUGACUAACUGUUAUGUACUAAUCCAGGGAAACACUGUAUCAAGUAUCGGAUCUUAUCAAGGAUUAAAGCAAGUUCGACGAAUUGUAGAAGAUUGUAUGAGGAAUAUCCAUCCUAUAUAUAACAUUAAGGCGUUAAUGAUUAAACGUGAACUUGCCAAGGAUCCUAAUUUAAAAAAUGAAAAUUGGGAUAGAUUUCUUCCAAAAUUUAAGAAGAAGAACGUUACUUCUAAGAAAAAAAACUCUAAAAAGAACAAUAAUACUAUAACAGAAAAGAAGAAAUAUUCGCCGUUUCCACCAGCUCCGACCUUAAGUAAGGUGGACUUGCAACUAGAGAGCGGAGAAUACUUUAUGCGUGAGGAAGAAAGAAAAAAAGCUAAAAUUUUAGCUAAGAAAAAUAAACAACUGGAGAAAAUUAAAGAAAAGAAAGAAGAACGCGAACGAGUUUUUCAGCCGCCAGAAACAAUGGAUGUUCAGAAAAAGUAUAACAAAGAAUUUAAAAUAGCCCAAGCUGAACUCGCUUCAGAAAUUAACGUGAAGGAAGUGGUUGAAAAUUUAAAGAAAAAAGAAACAGUAAAGCGGGAUAAAGGUUCUUUAAACGGUGAUGAAUAUAUUAUAAAAAAUCCAAGUUCCACAGUUAAAG